AUGGAACAAAAUGAUGUCCAAAGUAAUGUCUUGAAAAAAAAAAAAAACGAAAGAAAUAUUUUAAAUAAUGAUAAAGAUAUAAAUUCUGAAAGCGAAAAGUAUAUGAAAAAAGAAAGAAGAAAAAAUAGUGAAAAUGGAUUUGUUAAUUUAAGAGAAUGGACAGUUAAAGUACAGAAUAGAUAUGAAAAAAAAUUAAAAAAAAAAGAAAGUGUAAAUAAUAUAAAAAAUGAUAAAUCAACAGAAAAUGAUAUUCCUCAUGCUGAUACAAAUACGAAUUUAAAAAAUGAUGAAGAUAAUUAUAUAUCAUCAGAUUCUUCAUCAUUUAAAUCACGUUCGAGUUUAGGAAGAAAAAUAUCUUUCUCAUCAGAUGAAUCUUAUUUUGAUUCAGACAUUGAUAUGAGAAUAAAAAAAUUAUUGAAUAUAGAAGAUCAUGAUAAUUUUAAGAAAAAGAAGAAGAAAAAAAAAAAAGAAGAAGAAGAAGAAAAAAAAAUAAAAGAUGAAGAAGAAAAAAAAAUAAAAGAUGAAGAAGAAAAAAAAAUAAAAGACGAAGAAGAAAAAAAAAUAAAAGACGAAGAAGAAAAAAUAAAAGAAGAAGAUAAUGAGCAGAAUCAUACAAGUGAUAAUGUAGAAAAAAUAGACAUUCAAUGUAUUACAAGUGAGGAACAACAUAUAAAUAAUAAACCUCAUGAGGAAGAAAAACAAAAUGAAAAUAAAAUCGAUGAUAAAAUAAAUAAUGUAAAAAAUGUGGAGUCUAUCAAUGAAAAUAAGACAUCUGAACAAGUAGACGCUUCAAAAAAAAAUGAACAAGAUUCUUCUACUCCAAAAAAUGAAACUGUGAAUGAAUUUUUAACAGAACAGGUUCAACAUAAUAAUAAUAAUAAUAAUAAUAAGGAUGAUAAAAAUGAUGCUCAAAAUGAUGCUCAAAAUGAUUCUCAAAAUGAUUCUCAAAAUGAUGCUCAAAAUGAUACUCAAAAUGAUGCUCAAAAUGAUGAUGAUAAUAAUAAUUAUAAAAAUAUUAAUAACGAAAAAGAAACAUGUGAAAAUAAAAUAGAAGAUGAGAAUAUUAUAAAUAGCAAAAUCAUCAAAGAUAAUGAUAUACCUGAUAAAUAUAGUCCAAAUAAAAAGAAAAAUAAUAAUUCUAGCCAUCCUGAUAACAAAAAGACGAGUAAAAGUAAUUCUUUUGUUAAUCCUACACAUAAAAAGGAAAAAAUUAAUAAUAGCAACAACCCAGUUGUAUCAAAUAAUAUUUCACAUGAAAAAGAAGAUGAAAAAAAAAAAAAAAAUUUUGAAAGUAACUAUAAACACGACAAACAUAUAAAUAAUGGGGAUGAAGAAAAAAAUACUCAUAGUUCUCAUAGCCAAAAUAACAAAGAGAAAAAAAUUCAUUCCAAUGAUGCCGAAGCUUUAAGAAGAAGUAGCAUAAAAAGAAGUACAGCCGAUUAUGAGAAAAAGAACUUAAAAAGUGAGGUGUAUUAUGGAAAAGAAUAUUCAAAUAGUUAUAGUAAAGAAGAUGUAAUUAAAGAAGGUAAAGAUAAAAAACAUUCUAAUGAUAUUAAUGAACAUAAUCACAUAGAAGGUACUGUAAGUCAUAGCAAUAGAUUAAGAGAAUCGAUCAAAUUUGAAGACAAGAAAAAAAACAACAACAAUAAUAAUAAUUAUUCCAAUUAUAAUAAUACACAUGGUGCGUUUAAAAAAUAUACACAUAAUAAUGAUAAUAAUCAUCAUGUAAAUAGAGAUAAAAAUAGAGAAAGAGAAAGAGAAAGGGAACCUAGCAAAUAUGAACGAAAAGAUAAACAACAAGCAGAAAUGGAAAGAGAAAGAGAAAGAAAUAAAAAUAAAGAAAGAGAAAAACAAAUAGAAAGAGAUAAAGAAAAACAAAUGGAAAGGGACAGAGAAAAAGAAUGGGAUAGAGAUAGGGAAAGGAAUAGAGAAAGACAUAUGGAAAAAAAUAGGGAAAGAGAAAGGGAAAUGGACAGAGAACGAGACAUGGAUAGAAAUAGAGAAAAGGAAAGGAAUAUGGAUAGAGAAAGAGAAAUGGAAAGAAAUAAAGAAAGAGAAAGAGAUAUGGAAAGAAAUAAAGAAAGAGAAAGAGAUAUGGAAAGAAAUAGAGAAAGAGAAAUGGAAAGAAAUAGAGAAAGAGAAAGAGAAAGAGAAAUGGACAGAAAUAGAGAAAGGGAAAGAGAUAUGGAUAGAGAACGAGAAAGGAAUAUGGAAAGAGAUAGAGAAAUGAAUAGGAAUAGAGAAAGUUUAAGAGAAAUGGAUAGACAUAGAGAUAUAGAAAGAUAUAGAGAAAGAAAUAUAGAACGAGAUCGAGAUAGAGAUAGAUAUAUGGAUAGAGAAAGGGAUAUAGAAAAAGAUAGAAAUAGAGAAAGAGAUAUAGAUAGAGAAAGAUAUAGAGAAAGAGAUAUAGAUAUAGAUAGAGAAAGAGAUAUAGAUAGAGAAAGAUAUAGAGAAAGAGAUAUAGACAGAGAUAGAGAUAUAGAUAGAGAAAGAUAUAGAGAAAGAGAUAUAGAUAGAGACCAUGAUUUAAAUUCAUCAUUUAAAAGUAUAAAAAAUUUCAACUCCUUUGAUAUAUCAAAAAAAAGAUGUAAUGGAAUUGAUUCUAAUGUAAAUAAGAAACGUUCUUAUAUUAAUGAAAAUAAUAAUAAUUAUUCUGUAAAAAAAAUACAUGAUGAAAAUGCACAUUAUGAACACACAGACAAAGAUAGAUAUGUUUAUAAUUCAAAUGAUAUACAUGGUAGGAAGCAUUCUAGCAUUAAAAACAAAUUAAAUGAUACAGAUAAUUGGGAAAAAAAAAUGUCAAGGCUAAAAGAAAAAUUAAUAAAAAAAAAUAUAGGCAAAUAA